AUGUCUGCACGUCGCUUGGCCGAGAUCGACCAGAGAGAUAUCAUUAUGGGCCGCAAGCGUGUGCAAUACGGCGACACGCCGCCGCCCUCCAGUCCUGAGGUGCGACGACCAUCCCUCGUUCACGAAUCUCGACCGUCACGACAUGGUCCACCUCGUGGACACCAUGGUCGUCAGGACUUCCGGCGGGAUAAGGAGCUGCGUCGCAUUCUGGACGGCCUGCGAGUUGACGAGCCCACGAUGACUGGGCUCGAGAGACGCUGGCUGGAGCUCAAGGAAGAGGCACGAAACGCCAAGAAGGCGAGCGAGGCUCGUGAGCGCGAGAUUGACAACCAUAAGCGUCACAUUCACAACAUGAAGGCUGCCAAGGAGAAUUUGGAGAGCAAGCUGGUCGCUGCCCAGGACGAACAAGCACGGACUUCGGCAUUGCUGCAGGCUGAGCAGCUGGGGCGCACGGGGGAUCAGAAGAUACAUGCGCUGGCGAACGACAAGAGAAGUGAGGAGUUGGCGUCUAUGCGGGCACUGGUGGACGAGAAGGACAAGAGCAUGCGUGACAUGUACAAGAGCCUGAUGGCCACUAUCAGCGCCUCGUCGGACGAGGAGAGGCUUCGUCUGGCACUCGACACUCAGGCACAGCAAAUUCUUGGUUUCGUCCAGCGACUGCAAGCGGAUGUCGCGGCGAAGGAGGCCCAGAUUGAGGAGUUGCAGGCAGAUGUCACGGAGAAAGAGGGUAGAGUCAAGCAGAUUGAGGAUCUGCUUGAUGAAGGUGUCGACCUCUUCAAGGACGCGAUGCAGCAAGAAGAGCUCGCCAAGGAAGUAGAGAAGCGAGCGGCCGCGGCGGAGGAACGGGCUGCAGAGGCAAAGCUGCUUGUUGCAGCAGCCGAAAAGCGCGCAGAAGCAGCCGAAAAGCGCGCAGAAGCAGCUGAUCGACGUGCUGCUGAGGCCAUUAAGACGGCAGAGCAGCAGCAACGCAUCAUUAACGGGUUCGUACAGCAGAAUGCCGCCAUGCCUUUCUAG